CCGAAUAUACAACGUCAAGACUCUCUCUUUCAUGUUAAUUAUACAGGUUAUGGUCUUUUCUUAUAAAUGGAAAAAUAUCUCUGGAAGUAACUUCUGAAGAAUAUAAGCUGUGAUUUUCUUCAAAAUACUUUUAAUUCACAUAGAAAAGAAGAUGGAUUGAAAUUGCAAGUUUGAUAAAAUCUGUCCAGUGAAUUGUCCAACUACAAAUAUAUUAAAUAUAGUAUUGUAAUUAUAAACGGAUCAGAUUUUUUAUGUUAAAUAAAAUUAAUAACACAAAUUUAUAAUGUUGCGGAAUAUUAACAAAUCAUUUCCGAUGUGGAUACGUCGUAUCUCAUUAUCUCAUCAAAAGAAAAAAGUUUACGAGAUAAAUAGUAACAUCGAAUUUAAUGAUAAAGUAAUGAAUGGUAAAGGGACAGUUGUUGUCAAUUUUCAUGCAGAUUGGUGCGAUCCGUGUACAGUAUUAACACCUAAAUUAAUAGAACUUAUUGAGCCUAUGGAGACAUUAGAUCUUGCUAUUAUUAAUCUAGAAUCAAAUCCAGAUUUAGCUGAUGUAUUUAGUGUGAAAGCAGUACCUGCUGUAUUUGCAAUAUCAAAUGGUUUAGUUUUAGAAAAAUUUAUUGGCUUACAAGAUGUUGGAAUGGUAGAAAAAUUUGUAGAAAAGCUAACUGCUCGUAAUACAGCAAACUUAAAGGUUGAAGAGAAUUCAGUAAAUUUGAAAGUGGACGAUUCUACGAACUCAAAAGAUAGUAAUGUGAAACCAUAAAAGCAUGUUUAUAAUGUAUAUGUGUAAAUGUAGUCGUAUAUAUGAAACUAUGUAAAUGUAUGCAUACAUAUUUCUUUUAUCAUUAUUAUUUAUGUAAUAUUUAUACCAAUUUAAAUCUAUUUCAUGAUAUUAUUUGUAAUUAUACAAAUAUCAACUCAUAAUAGAUAUAAAAUUAGUAAAAAUUGUAAGGUAUUUAACAAGAGCGUGGAUAAUCAUUACAUGUCUUUGUAUUCUUCUACUGAGAAUAGCUUUCUAUGCAAUAUAGUAAUAUUAAAUUGUUCCUAUAAUGAACAAUGAUUAAGGAUACUAGGGAUUCAUUUCAGGAAACUGUGGACCAUGUAAUUUUCCUUCUUUUAUAUAAAUAUAUAUAACAAACUGUACCAUUAAAAUAUAGUACUACUAUUGUAUAACUAACUGCACUUAACUUAUAGUGAUUAUACCGACAAUGCUCUCUUGUAAAGAAAAAAAAACUAUUUACAAUUAAUUUAAAAUGUACUUUUAAAAAUGUGAAUAAUAUAUAAUAAUAAUUAUGUAUACUAUAACAAAAUAAACUAUUAUAUAGAACUAAAGUAGAAUAUAUACACUUUCUGGUUUAUUAAGAACAUAAAUAAUGUUCUAUUAUUUAUUAUGUUUUAUAAUAUUUGAUCAUAAUGAUGUAACGUAACUAUAAAGUGGUUAAUUUAUUUAUUUACAUAAAAUAUCAGUUGUUUUUACAAUUUGAGAUGUUUAUUCAAACAGAGAGUGCACUUGUGACAUCGUUUAUUCCUUUUAUCUUACUUUUAUGCUUUUAUAGUGAAACUUAGAUUUGUAGAUGGAAUUAAAAAUAUAAUAAUAUGUUAAAGAGAUUAUUGAAAUUAAAAUAUAAAUGUCAUAUUUAAAUGCAGGUAUGCAAAUAGAGUAAUAUUUAAUUCGAUUAAAAUUUUAUAUUUAUUCUUAAUAAUAAAAAACAAUUCUGUACAAGCUAUGUAUGAAACUAAGCCAGCAAUAUAAUAAAGUUAUCAAUCCAUAUAAUUUCUAAUAAUAGAGCUUGUAUCUUUUCGUUUCGGCAGCAAGCAAUAUGUAAGUGUUAUUAAUUAAAAGACUAGCUAAGUUUUUUAUCAGUCAGGUGUGUUUAAAACACCAUGAUAAGGCAUUAUUGUGACUCUUCAUUGAUUACUUGCAAAAAGUUAUUAACAUAAUUGAACAGUUAGUUAAUAAGAAAAAUGUAUAGCAAAAUUUAAGAAAUUUUUGCAAGUAAUCUUAUAAUUCUUAUAAUGUAGAUAACCGGUAUAUAUAUACCUAUAUA